AUGAUGGCCGAUACAAUCCCAUCUAUCGGUCUUUGGCUACUUCAUCCCGCCUUCACAUUGGGUUCUCUUUCGGCUCAGAUUAAGCCAAUUGCCCAGCAACAAUGGGGAAACGCGAUGACGAUGUGGCUUCCAGCCGUCGCCCUACUUCUUGGCUCUCUUCCAUGGCGCAUGGUCUCGAGUCGUCUUAUCGAAGACUUCGUGACCCUUUCAGAUCUCGAUACUGUGCACUUUGUGCACAUCACGUCGCCUCGAUGGAAAAAGCGUCUACUGUUGGUCAUGAGCACUACCGCUAUUCCACUUUCAGUUGGUGUCCUUGCGUUUCACCUGGUUAAAGACGGAAUCCAAGGAGAUUCAGUCCCAUCGGAUGUAGUUGCGCUGAUGAGUUGGGCGUACUCAUCAAUCUAUAUUGUGCGGAAUGAUAUUACGCGGCCUCCUGGUGGCUUGAUGCUGAUAUGGCUCAGCCGGAUUAUCGCGGAUUUGUCGAUUCUUGUGAUUGAAUGGCUCCGAGGCGUGUCUAUGGCCUGGCCAUUGCUUGUUACCGCUAUCCUGGCUGUCGCUGCGAUCUGUGUAGCAGGAACAUACCCUCUCGCUCCCGUCUUGCCAGCCAAAAAUGUGGCAAAACCUGGAUCAUUCGCAUUAUUCCAACAGCAACCGACGAUGAGCGAGACGUGCCCGGAGGACGCGACCACACUUUGGGGUUGGAUGACCUUUGGAUUUGUCGAGCCCCUAAUUCAAUUGGCUGGCAAACGUACCUUGACUGAGGCCGAUGUUUGGCAACUUUCACCAUUCUUUCAACACCAUAACAUAUUUCAAAAAUUCUUGAUAUCACCCAUGACCGGCAAGGAGCCCAAAGGUUGGAUCCUUCGGCGACUUGUACGUUGGAAUAAGAUCGAUUUGAUGAUCGAACUCUUCACCGAGCUUUGGUCCACAGUAGUGAGCUUUGUUGCCACCUACGCUCUCAAGCGUAUACUGGACGCUCUUGCAGCGGGUGGUCAAAGAGAGGAGGCAGCGACUUGGGCAGCUGUCCAUUUCUUAUGUAACCUCAGUUUUGCUCAAUUUGACCUUUUCGGGAGGUGGCACAGCCGCCAGACCCCUAUCAUGAUCACCAACUGGCCAAAACAACAAUUAUGUUUGCCUAGUGUCUCAAAUCCUGCCUGUGAAAUUUCAGAGCGAUGCUACGAACGAACACGUGGUCAACUCUUCAGUAUUCUGCAUCACAAAGCGCUUCGUCGCAAAGAUAAAAGUACACUGGCUAAAGCGAUCGCGAACUCGAAGAAGGAGCAAGAGGAAGCGGAGAAGAGCAAUGCGAACAUCGGAAAGAUAUCAAAUCUUAUGGGCGGUGACGCAUAUGUCGUAGCCGAACGUUUUUGGGGGUUUGCGGCUGUAGUCACCUCACCAUUGAAGCUGGCUCUAUCGCUCAUCUUCCUCUACAAGUUGCUGGGAAUUAGUGCGCUGUUAGGCAGCUCUAUGGUUGCACUUGCCUACUUAUUAAAUUGGCCACUGAUCAAAUUUGAUGUGAUGCAAAUGAGACCAUCCAGUGUAACUCCAAUCCGAUUCUUAAAGUAUAUGGGAUGGGAAAAUUUGUGGGCAGGUCGCGUGGAAGAAGCACGUAGACUUGAGCUGAAACUACGAGUCAAACAGAUGAUACUUUCUACUGUGAUCUCUUUCAUCUGGAUUUGGGUUCCAACAGCGAUUCUCUUGGUCUCUUUUUGGUCACUCACGAGCUUCUUCGGUCGACCGCUUACCGUCAGUAUUGCGUUUACAUCAAUCUCGCUAUUCUCUCAACUUCAAGGAGCUCUAAGGGCACUUCCGAAUCAAAUAACAUCUUGGCUUAGAGCGUAUGUGUCUGUCAAACGUAUUGAGGAUUUCUUAUCAGAGGAAGACGUACCACAAUGGGUCUGCGGUAUCAACGAUCCUGGCCGCGUGGCCAUUCCAACUGGCCAGAUAAACUUUUGCGAUGAAGCUAUUUUCGCUUGGUCGAAUCAGGCUGAUAGUUUCCGGAUUGGCCCACUCUCUCUCGAGUUGCCUGUGGGACGCCUCACACUGGUAACUGGACCCACUGGGUCUGGUAAGAGUACAUUCCUUGCUGCGAUCCUUGGUGAAAUCGACUGCGUGGAAGGUCGAGUUGAGGUUGAGAAAGCUGGAGGCGCAGUAGCUUACGCAUCUCAAAAUCCUUGGCUUGAAUCCAUGACCAUUCGAGAUAACAUUCUCUUCGAAACGACCAUGGACACAACUCGUUAUGAAUCCGUAAUAGAUGCAUGUGCUUUAAGGCAAGAUCUAGCCAUAUUCCCCCACGGAGAUCUCACAGAGAUUGGUGAGAAGGGCAUAAGUCUCUCGGGCGGGCAGAAGGCAAGGAUUGCACUUGCUCGUGCACUCUAUUCAAGAGCUAAGACUGUUCUUCUUGAUGAUCCACUCGCUGCUGUGGACAUGUUCACCGCGCGCAAGUUAGUCGAUGAUGGUCUGCGCAGCUCUCUUCUCAAAGAUCGCACCGUUAAUCAGGUUCUGGUCACCCAUCACAUUCGGCUAUGUCGCUCCGCUGCCGACUUUGUCCUUGAGUUACGCGAUGGUAAAGUUGUAUAUGCCGGCCCUCCCUCGGGGUUCGAGCAAUCUUCAGCAGAAGAAGUUGACGAUAAUGUCUCGGGUGCUCAAGAUAGUGAAGAAGUAUCAGAAACCGAGACGAUAAACACAACCUCUCUGAAAAAAGUAAUUACCCCAGAAGGCGAAACUACAGGUGGAAAUAACUUGAUUGAGCCUGAGAAAAGAUCUGAAGGUCGUGUGACAGGUUCGACCUAUCGAACGUAUUUCCGUGCAGCCGGCUUCAGGUAUUGGUUCAUGCUGGUCAUAUUGGUCGUGUAUACAAGAUUAAGUGCAUUUGCUGUUCAGUGGGCUCUAAAAACCUGGGGAGAAGCCUAUCCACCAAAAGUUAUCGCUUCCUUCCAUUGGCCCGAUAUAACAUCCGGUUUUCCGAGCCCAGACUUGGAUGUACAUCCUUGGCUGAACCUAUACUUGAUAAUCAGUAUCAACAGUGGAUUGGCGAUUCUUAUCGGGCUAUGCGUUGGGAAUUUUAUUGCGCUUAAGGCGUCUAGAAACCUUUUCUCUGCGAUGUUAAUCAGAGUUGUAAGGGCACCCACAAGAUGGUAUGACGUCACACCCACUGGUCGAAUUCUGAAUAGGUUUGUUUCAGAUAUUGAUACAGUCGAUUUCUCUUUGCAAGGCACAGCAGAGGGUGCGAUCAGAGGGGUCAUUGGAUUUCUUGUCUCCCUGGGAAUUGUAAUUUGGGUGGUUCCCAGCUUCACGCCAUUGGCGAUUGUGAUCGCAUGGCUUUACAUCCGACUUGCACCAGCGUAUGUGAAGGUGGCCAGAGAUCUCAGGCGACUUGAAUCAGUCUCAAGAAGUCCAAUGUUUCAAAACUUUUCAAAUCUGAACUUUGGAAACGCUCAAAAACAGUUACUGCAUGGAAUACAAUCAAUUCGGGCGUAUGCUGCAGAGGCCAGAUACCAAAAUCUAUUCUACAAAGCCUGUGACACCUUUCAAACUAUGGAUCAUCAUUAUUGGUUGGCCAAUUUUUGGCUUAUGUGGCGCUAUGACUGUUUGGGUUCCGUGGUGGUUUUCCUCACAACGAUAUUCGCACUCGUCUCUGGCGUAGAUGAGGGAUAUGCUGCCAUCAGCGUGGUGCAGGCAGAGAUGUUCGCGUCCGCAACAAGAGCCUUAGUGUCGGUAUUUGCUCAAGUAGAACUAGAUUUCAACGCCAUCGAACGGGUUACCGAGUAUCUAAAAAUACCUCAAGAAGCACCUGCAAUAAUCGAAGAGGCUCGUCCACCGGCUUAUUGGCCUUCCGAUUCAUCUGGACUGAUUGUCGAAGGUCUCGUUGUCAGAUAUGCACCACAUCUUCCUGCUGCCCUAAAGGGUCUUUCGUUCAGCAUUGCGCCAAACCAGAAAGUGGGAGUGGUAGGUAGAACUGGCUCAGGUAAAUCCACUUUGGCCAUGUCUCUUUUGAGAAUCAUCGAAGCGGAGAAAGGUCAAAUCAUCCUGGACGGGAUAGAUGUGUGUCGAAUUGGUUUGGACGACCUUCGUACCCGAAUCACUGUUGUCAGUCAAGAUGUGACUUUGUUCGAAGGAUCUGUGAGGACCAACUUGGAUCCGCUAAAUCUCCAUAGUGAUGAAGAGAUGUGGGAAGUGUUAAGGAAAUGUAACCUGGCCAGUGUGAGACUAGAAGUUCCGGUGGACGCUGGUCAUGAUGAUGCAUUGAUAGACAGCUUGGAUAUGAGAUUGAGUGAAGGUGGGAAUAGUUUCAGUGCCGGUCAACGUCAGUUGUUGGCAUUGGCUCGAGCAAUGUUGAGGGAGAGUAAGGUGGUGAUCAUGGAUGAAGCUACUUCUUCGAUAGAUUUGGUGACGGACAAUAAAAUACAAUGUACCAUUCGGGAAUGCAUGAAAUCAUCAAUGGUGAUCACAAUAGCUCAUAGACUUCUGACAGUCAUAGAUUAUGACAAGAUUCUCGUCUUAGAAGAAGGAAAGAUUGUGGAGUUUGAUACGCCAAAAAACCUGUUGGCGAGAAAAGAUGGUCACUUCAGAAUAUUAUGUGAGAUGAGCGCUGAUGCGGAUAUCUUGUUUGAGAGACCAUCUGCGUCUAAUCAGGAGGUUUACAUUUAG